AGUAGAUCAUCUAAUUAGUGCCAAAUGAAUGGCAAACACCUCCAACAAAUAGUUGAUUACCUUAACCACACCAAGGCUGCAGCAUCAUUCACAGCAUAGGCUCAUUCCUCUUAAGCGCUCCUAGUACCCCAUCCAAGUCCUACCAACUACCCAUCCUCCCUUUAACAACCCCAUCAACAACCCCAUCAACAACCCAUCACCCAAACCCACCCCAUGGCAACCCACUACAACCUAAUCGACUACGACUCCGACGCCGAAAAAGAAAAACACCCACUCAUCCCACUCUCCAACCUCAUCUCCGCCGCAUUAUUCAUCGCCCAUCUCCUCGAAAAAGCCAACAUCCCUUAUGGAUUAAUGGGCGGCCUCGCCGUCUCCCUCCUGGGGAGUAACCGCACCACUCGCGACGUGGAUAUUGCCUUUCAAGCGCCCGGGAAAAUGCGCGAUCUGUGGGGUCUGGUGGAGAGGGAGGCACGACUUAUAAUACCCAAUACAAAACUUCUCAGCAAUAUAAUGAAAGUUUUUGUCCAUACUGGGCCGGGAUAUGAUGAUUGUGGGUAUGCGGUGCAGGUGGAGGUGGAUCUUAUUGAGAGUGGUUAUCAAGGAAGUCCCCGCGACAUCUUCGCCAACAGACGUCUCCUUACCGUGAAUACCAGAACCGGGGUGAAGACUAUCUACGGGAUCGAGUUAUUCUAUCUCCUAAGGGGCAAAAUGGCUGCGUUUGCGUCUCGAGCCAGUCCGCAUGAUUUGCAUGAUGUGCAGCAUUUGUUGAGCACGUAUGGGGAGGAGGUGAGGGUUUUGUGGAGAGGUUGGAUCCGGAUGCUGUGGGGGCGUUUUUGGAUGUGGUGGCGCCGGGGAGUUUGGGGAGGUGGAGGGAGUUUUUUGGGAGGUCACCUUGAUUAUGGGUCUCUUUGUUGGGUGGGAAUGGACGGUAUGGGGUUGGCGUUGGGGUGAUGCAUUUCGUAUUGCUUUUUGUG